CUCAGUCGUCUACAGUAGCUUGCCGGUGGUGGUUAUUUUGUUGUGUUAAACCAAGAACAAUGGCCCGAAAUGGAUGCUUAAAUGACACUGAAAUAAGUACGUAUUUGCAAGGUUUAUCGGACGAUCCGGAAUCAUCUGAUAACAGUGAAACAGAAAAUGAAUUAUUUGAAGAUGAUGUUCAGAGCGAUGUCGAAGAUGAGGAAAUCGCCAGUGAAGAUCCUGAUAUCAACACAGCUUUUUUGGAGGACCAAGUUACAGGAUCCUCCAAUUGUGUUUCUUCUUCAGAUAGCCGUAUUCUUACGUUUUCUGAACCUACUAUUAGAAGCAAAAGUAAGUACUGCUGGACAACGUCGAAAGGUAAAAACGUUGGCAGAGUUUCUUUAUCCAACAUUGUUCGAACGGCAAGAGGUCCUACUAGACAAUGUAAAUCAUUGCUUGAGCCCCUUUCCUGCUUCAAUGCAUUUUUUACCGACGAUAUUAUUCUGGAAAUUGUAAAAUGGACAAAUGUGGAAAUAUCCCUGAAACGUAAAGAUGGAAUGACGACAGCAACUUAUAGGGAUACAAGUGAACACGAACUCCGCGCUCUGAUUGGAAUUCUCGUUUUGACAGCUGCGUUAAAAGAUAACCAUCUGGCAACCGAUGAAAUAUUUGAUAAUACCUACAGUGUAACGCUAUAUACUUCAGCUAUGAGUCGCGAUAG